GACAGAGAGAGAAAGAGAGAGAGAGAGAGAGAGAGAGAGAGAGAGAGAGAGAGAGUUUGGGGCAGAGGGACAGACAGAGAAACACGGAGCCACUGAAGAGAUGCUGAGCGGACGCUGACAUUACAAAGACUGAGCUGAAGAUCAGACAGUAGGUUCAUGAAUGAAUUUAAGAUGACACCGAUGAGAAUCGUGCUGUUCCUGUGGUGUCUCCUCUGCAUGUGUGUAUCAGUGAGGAGUGUGUCGGAUCUGUGUAAAGGUUCUCGCUGCUUAGAGUUGGGGGAGUCCAGACCAUGUUCAGGGUCACAUUGUGGCUCGAGCAGAUCAUCCAGACCAGCACGUCAACACAAUCCAAUAACACACAGCAGAUCUGCACCGACCCACCAACAUGGAGUCUCACACCUUCCUUCACCUGAAAAGGUGGAGUUACACACAGCUUCUCAUUCUCACACUCACACAAGGGAAAGGAUGCCGACUGCCGAGGUUGCAGGUCACACGUGCACUGGAGCAGAUUGCGUUACCACAAAAAGACCACCGCAGGCCAUUAAUGAUACACGAGAGUGUAGGGGACUGGAGUGCAGACUGCCUUUAAGGAUCAGAACCAAGCCCAGAGUGAGGUUGUGCCCUUCAGACGGCUGUGGACCUGGCUCAGACGAUGCUCCUGUGCACGUUCCGGACAUAGCUGCUCAGUUUCUGGGGGAAUUUCCGGAUAUCGGAUAUCCUUCAUCGGAACUUGGAGGCGCACCACUGGGAGUUCAGCUUACAUGUGACAUCAAACCAGGGGAGAACGAAGUUCCUUCGGAGGAUGCCCUUGUCCUGCAUCUGCAGCUCUCCAAAGGCCAGGAGAAGCUGGUAGAGGCUCUGCGGGCUCAGCAGUUAGUGAUCCGUGACCUACAGCAACGUCUGGAGGAGCAGCAGGGAGCACUUUUGGACCAGCAGCGUGAGAUUCUGGAGCAGCAGCAGCGCAUGUACGAGCAGAUGGACGUGGUCAAGGCGCAGUACGGCAUGCUGUCUGAGACCGUCAAGCAGGUGUCCUUCCAGGGCCUGCAGGGGGAGCUGCAGAGUUAUUUGGAAAGUCAGCUGGCAAGCAUGCAGAGCCAAGCUCGCAGCCACCUGCAGAAGUCACAUGCCGUACAUAAAACGGAUGCCAAGCUGAUUGACGUGACCGGGGACACAGAUCAUGCUCUGCUUGGCUGUCGCAGCACAUGCGGCCCUGAAGAGUACUGCAAUUUUCAAAUGCAGCCGCCACAGUGUCAACAGUGCACCAUGUGUCCACCUGGGUUCUUCCUGGUGUCUCAGUGCUCACCCAACGCUGACAGGAUUUGCCAGGACAGAGAUGAAUGCCUGGAAAUCCCAACCGUGUGUGGCGAGAGAGUGAAAUGCCUCAAUACACCAGGUGGAUUCCGGUGCUUGGGCGUAUCUGAAAGAGAGAUCUCUUCAGGCCUAUGUGGUCACGAGUACUUCUACAAUCAGGAGCUACAAGAGUGCCAAGCAUGUACAGAUUGUGAUGGGGAGCCCGUAGCAGUACCGUGUAGCACUGUGAGUGAUGCUGUGUGUGGAGUGACCUCGGAAAACACAUUCUCUCAGUCCUGGUCUGCUUCGGUCACAUUACCCACGGCUCGAUCAAAAAGCAGCGCUGUGUUUCCAGGUCUGCAGCUGAGUGUAAUGGGAAAGGAGAGAAGCGACUUUCUGGUUAUCCAUGAUGGCUCCAUCAGCCUCUAUCAGCAUGGUCUGCUCUGGCUGGAUCACAACUUUGCCUUGAAGCACAGCUGCCGCAACUUCCUACAGAUUGGUGUGAGGCUUAGUGGUGGCAGCGAGGAGGAAGGUCGUGACCUCAGUGGUGUCAGGGUGGAGCAGCCAGAGAGGAAGCACUUCCAGGGUGUGAGUGUGAGUGCAGCGGCUGAGGUGGAGCCUAAUCAGACUCUGUGGUUGCUGCUCAAGAGCCCAAACCAACACUGCAACCAGAGCAAGGAGUUGCAGCUUUACGAGCUUGGGUCGUCUGCGUUUAGCCUGCUGUGGCUGUCACAUGACACCGGAGCUGUCGCUAUGACUGCACAGACAUCCACAGCACCUCACUACCAUGGUAAUUACCGGCCAUCCUUCCGUGUUGCUACCGUCUCUGACCCCUAUGUAGUGGCAUUGACUCAUGACAAUCGUGGAAUUCGCUUCACCGAGAGAGGCACUGUCAAGUUUGUCCUGCAGCAGGCACUCUAUGCCAUGGGCCACACUUGUGUCCGUGAAGGCUUCUCGCUAGUCGCCUACAUUAGCACAAAUGGGACCAACCAGGAAGUAAUGCGCUCGUUUAAAUCCGGGGUCAACUAUCGGGACACCUCCAUCACUUUGUCAGCUACUACCAUUGUAGAAUCGGGUGACUGGCUAAACUUUGAGAUCCUCACUCCAUCACAGUGCAAUGUCCGAUACUUUGGAGACAGCUCUGGAAUUAGCAUGCUAAGUCUGCUAUGGAUUCCUGCUGCUAUUUCAUCAUCUCUAAUGGCCACCGUGUCCAGGACAGGCCUUCCAUCUGGAGCUGUAAGGAACAAACCUUUGUUUUUUCAGCAAGUUGGUCCGGAUGCUGAACACAUCCGACUUGCUGGCCUAGGAAACCAACACCCAAGGAGAAAUUUUGUUUUUCAAGAAGCUGGGACAGCCAGUGUGGCUCUCAGCAUCAAGCUCAUCCAUUCUUGCAACGUGGUGAAGCUGAUUCUACACCAGCAAGGUCAGGACAGGACAAAUUCUGUUCCUUUGGCACAGCAGGUCGGGGGUCAGAUGCCCGAAGGUAGCGAGUGGACCAGUGUUGGCGUCAGAGCAUCGUUCGAGGUCCAGAACGGCACAGCCAUUUACAUCACUCUCGACUGUGUACGUGGCCGCAUCAAUCAAAUUACACAUGAUGAUGGCGCCAACCUUUUCAUCCUCUGGGUAGCUGCGUAACACCAUAAUUCCACAGUUACUUAUUCUUGAUCUUUUUAGGAACAGGUGCUUUCAGAAAAUUAUGGCUUGUCUUAUAUGCACAAAAAAACGAGGUACACAAUAGAAUGAAUCCCUAAUCUAUCGUAGCAAUGUAGCACCAUUUACGAUGAAAUAAAUGAGAAAUCUAUUAAUAUAAAAAGAAAACGGUACUUAACAAAAUAGGUAAGACAUAUAGUCUAGCCAAAACUGAACAAAUGGUUUGUACGGUUAAUAUUCAAUAGUUUUGAAAUAUGAUAUCUACAGAGUGUUCGAAAAGUGUCUAUACACAGGGGAAAUUAACACUUUUUAGCAACUUUCUUUACAAAUCAUCCUCUAUGUGAUUGGCUCCCUGUUCGACAGCAGUGUCAUGUAAGAUGCCUGCCAUGGUUCCUUGUGACAGCUUACUGAUGAGAAUGAUUUCAAAACAUUCUUCUUCGUAUUAUGUUUCUUAUGUUCUAUAAAUCGGGGGGCAUGGUGGCUUAGUGGUUAGCACGUUCGCCUCACACCUCCAGGGUUGGGGGUUUGAUUCCCGCCUCUGCCUUGUGUGUGUGGAGUUUGCAUGUUCUCCCCGUGCCUCAGGGGUUUCCUCCGGGUACUCCGGUUUCCUCCCCUGGUCCAAAGACAUGCAUGGUAGGUUGAUUGGCAUCUCUGGAAAAAUUGUCCAUAGUUUGUGAUUGUGUGAGUGAAUGAGAGUGUUUGUGUGCCCUGUGAUGUGUUGGCACUCCGUCCAGGGUGUAUCCUGCCUUGAUGCCCGAUGACGCCUGAGAUAGGCACAGGCUCCCCGUGACCUGAGGUAGUUCGGAUAAGCGGUAAAAAAUGAAUGAAUGUUCUAUAAAGCUGCAUUGAGACAAUGUCCAUUGUUAAAAGUACUAUACAAAUAAAUCUGAAUUGAAUUGAAUUUUUUGAACAAUAUUGGAAGACAUUUUGUAAAAAAGUGUUAAUUUCUCGAUAUGCAUAAAGACUUUUGGGACACCCUGUAUAAUGAGAAGGUGCUAUUUAAUUUGAGUUAUAGGCUCUGUUUGUUUGUUGGAUUAUGUUUAUUAUGGUGGUGUGUGUUUAUCAAGGUUUUUUUUGUUUCUUUUUUGUGCUUAAAUCGAAAAUCGAAUCGAUUUCUGAACAAAAAGUACGGAUUGCUUUCCAAGUACUUCGGCUGGUUGAGCAGUGACCAAUCUUUAUUGAGGGAAUGAACCUUUUGAUUUUACCUAAUGUUGAGAUGAUUGUGUGUGUGUGUGUGUGUGUGUGUGUGUGUGUGUGUGUGUGUGUGUGUGUGUGCGUGUGUGUAGUGGGGUAUGAUGUUGGCAUGCAUAUAUAAAAUGCUAUACUGCACUCCAUUUCCUUAAACAUUGUACAGACGUGGGUUAAUUGUUCAAACGUAUUGAUAUUCAAAUAACUUAUCUAUUUUACAAAUCUUUUGUGUCUUAAUUAUACACUUAUAUCCCAAAUUCAAGUUUUUAAUCCAAAUUUAUAUUGGAAUCCCUGUAAAGUAUACAUACAAAUAUUUAUAUGAUCAAAUGCAAAGAUUAUAUUUAUAUAAGUGAUGCAAAACAACUAUUUGUUGUAAUUUUCUACAGUAAUUUAUAUGGUAAUUAUGAUAAUAAGAAUAAAAAGCGAUGCACAUAGUUCAGUGCAAAAGUUUGCACCCCCCAUCCCUCAGGGUUUUUGUAUGGACACAAAAAUACAAUUAUGGUUUAUUUAGAUCUUGGACAAGCAUAGUAAUGUCAAAGGAAUGGCCAGAAUAAACAAACAAACUUUCACGAAGUAGAUGAAAUAAAUAUACCUAUGAUUUCUAAAUGAACUAAUUGAAAACAUCUGGAUUUUUUUCGCUUUGUCUCUCAAUGAAUAAGUGAAUCAAUCAAUUAAAUUAAUAUAGUAAAUCAGUUCCAUGAGGUUAAAUAUGUGUGUAAAAUGAGCAAUGAGAAUAUGAGAAACAAAUGAAAUAAGGUAACAAAUUAAAACUAGAGAAGAUCCAAAAGCUGCUGAGAAGAAUUGAAAAAAGAGAAAAGGCAGCUAUACAGGAAAAGUGAGUGCCUACAAUUUAGAAGAGUAUGAAGCAAAUUUACGUUUCAAUUGAUAUAAUUACUUUUUUAUUAUUACUAUCUAUUGACACACAGUACACUAAUAGCAUUCUUAAAACUAUUAACAACUAAACGUAUAAAAAUAAUGCAUUAAUUAUAUUUUUCCUGAAGGUGUACAAACUUUUGCUGCUGGUCUCUUUGGUUAAUUGUCUUUAAAUCAUGGGUCUGUGAUUGGGGACCCUGGAGGCAUGAGAGAGUAUUUAAGUGUCUGUGAUAACAAUAUUGUGCAUGUUGAUUAUCAGUCUAUCGUGUAACCAGUUUUCAGCCCUUGCUAAUUUAUUUAUAAUGCAA